GCUGAGCUUGCCUGCUUUCCUCAUCCAGGUUUCAGCCGACUGUUUCUGCAAAGGACUUCUCCCUCCCUUUCCUCCUCUUCGAGCCGGCAAGUCCCUCUCCACCGAUUCCACCCCGAUCUGCCGAAAAGAAUUGCGGUUCUGGCUGCUGUCCAAGUGAGAGGGGGACUGUGCCAGGCAAGCUGGGAGGAGGAGGACGACGAGGCAAAUGACAUGACUCAGAUGAGCUCUUCUAAUUAUAAAGCACAGCCGGGGGUGGGAUGGAGUAUUUAAAGGUGUCGGAAGGACAGGAAGACGGUUUCCUGAUGCCAGUUCUUCCUACACUUCAGCCAAGCAGGACACACACAGCAUGCUUCGGACUCGGGGUGAUAACUCUACGCCCCAGUUGAAAUGAGGAUUGCAGAAUAUGGCACCUGCUCUGGUAGAAGAACCUGACCAAAGAGAGGAUCCGAAUUCGCAUGUGGAGAAGCUGAGAUCCUCUGGCACGAUGACUUCUGAAUGCAAAGAAGUUGAAGUUGGAAGCACUGUUGUGAAUGGCCUGGUACUGGGCAGUAAUGGACAAGACAGAGCGAAUGAUGUCCCUUUAUGUUCACGCUCUGUUUCUGCUGUUAAAAUAAUUCCCGUGAAGAAAGUGAACAGUUCUCCUGGUCUAGUGUUGCCGACAGACUUGGAUCCUGCCAAAGUCUGUACUGGAAAGGGGGCUGUGACCCUCUGGGCGUCUCCAACCUAUGAGGAGAAUCGGAGCGUCAGUCCUACAAGUCAUUCACAAGACGUCCACCAAUCUGAAAGUGUAGAGCCAGGAACACCCGAAACAGAUGAUUGGAGGUUACCGCUUAGUGUCGACUCCAAUGGGGAUGCUCAGUCCUCUGCUCUGGCUGCCAAGGGCUACCGCAGUGUGCGGCCAAACCUCUCUGAGAGCAAACCACACGAUGCGACUUGCUCUGCCGCCACCACCCCAGCUCAGACAGAGGUUAUAGUAGUGCCAUUCCAACAGGUUUACCCCGACCGCGGGCGAGAAGGCAGCUCAAGCACACCUCCACCGUCUCUCCUGCCAUAUGGCCAAAGCUCUGCAUUCUCUGACAGCACGCCUGCUCCUGGCUUACUCCUGACCUUCCCGACAUUAGACGAUUUCAUUCCCCCUCACCUUCAGAAAGGUUCCCAACAUAACCAGCCGUCCUCUUCGUCGGGGAUCGUGCCCCACGUUCGCCCGAAACUGCCUUCACUGUCGCCACCACCACCUCCUCCUCCUCCUGUGCUGAUUCCUCCCGUCACGGAGGUCUCAGACAGUGUGUCGGAGCCCGAGAGCACAGGAAUGAUCUUGCGCACAGACCCCUGUCCUCUGCUCUAUGAAGCGCCCAGGUCCAGCAGUGGCACAGAGUGCUAUGGCUCCCUAACUCUCACCAGCAAACCCACCUCUGGGUACCCCUCCACCACCAUAGUCAACCCCACCAUCGUCCUUUUGCAGCACAACAGAGAACAACAAAAAAGGCUUAGUAGCCUAUCAGAGCCAGCGAUAGAUGUGCCACUAGUGGAUAAAGUAGAUUAUAUGCCUGUCCAAGAAAAGAUGAGCCAAAGCAAGAAACAAGGAAUGGAGGAAAGGAAGAAAGUAAUUAAGAGUCCACAGUACAUGACCGAUUCCUCACCGGAUGACAUAGGCAUUCCAUUAAGGAACACGGACCGAUCAAAGGACUGGUACAAGACGAUGUUCAAGCAGAUUCACAGGCUGACAAAAGACCCUCCUGAAGAAAACCCUUAUUGCCCUACCUACAAAUUCCCCGAACUUCCUGAUAUCCAGCCCCAAACCAAAGAAGAAAAUCCUUAUUCUCCUACCUACCAGUUUCCUGUGUCUACUCCUAGCCCUAAAUCUGAAGAUGAAGAUUCCGAUUCCUGUGUGCCUCAGUACUCCUUUUACAAAGACACAAGAGCACAGACUUCAGUACCCCGUUCCAAGAGCGAGAACGACACUAUCGACAUGGAGAAAGUGGUCAAGAGAUCUGCCACUCUGCCCCUGCCAGCUCGUACCUCUUCUCUUAAACCGAGCACUGAAAGGAAUGAUUGGGAGCCUCCGGACAAGAAGGUGGACACAAGAAAAUACCGCGCUGAACCUAAAAGCAUUUAUGAAUAUCAGCCAGGAAGGUCCUCUGUUCUGAACAAUGAAAAAUUGACUCGGGAUAUAAGCCCAGAAGAGAUAGAUUUAAAGAAUGAGCCUUGGUAUAAAUUCUUUUCGGAAUUGGAGUUUGGGAAACCGCCAUUUGUUAACAUGCCUCCAAAAAAGAUUUGGGAUUAUACUCCGGGAGAUUGCUCUAUCCUUACUAGAGAGGAUAGAAAGACUGACCCAGAAAAAGACAUCUACCUCUAUCAGACUGAGUUAGAGGCAGAUAUAGAAAAAAUGGAGAAAAUGUAUAAAGAUAAGAAGCAGAUGAAGAGUACGACAGGCUCCUCUCCUCCGGAAACUUCCUCGGAUCAUUUGCCUCACUCGCCGUAUUCCCCCAGCUACCAUUCUGCAAAGAGAGAGUUUGAAACAGCUCUGGGAGAUGCCACCGGGCCGGAAAACGAAAGGCAAAUAUACAAAAGUGUUUUAGAAGGUGGCGAUAUCCCGCUGCAAGGGCUAAGCGGUCUCAAACGUCCCUCCAGCUCGGCUUCCACUAAAGUGGAUCGUAAAGGUGGGAAUGUUCAUACGAUUGCACCCUCUUCAGUUAAUAGCCGAACCCUUAACUCUAAUAAUGGUGGCCCAGUAGGUCGCCUAUGUAAACAUAAGAAACCCUUAUCUGCUGCAAAGGUCUGCAUUGCUGAAAUUCUUCCGUCCAAAUUCAAACCCAGGCUGGCUGCUCCACCUAUUUCUGGGCAGGACAGAAAGGAUCUCUUGCCUCACGAGAAAACGCAGAGCUGCGAAAACCUCCGCAGCUCUUUUGCCUCCUUUGAUAGCAGGAAGGAUUUUGAGAACUUGCUGAUGAAGUCCAAGCAAGAGUUUGCUGUCAAAUCCAUCAGUACGCAGAGCUUGCAAGAAUAUGGCUCUUCCAGCUCCAGGAAAGGCUCUCGGAAGAACGAGAAGGAGUUCACCAUGUUGUAUAAAGACAUGCACCAUAUCAACCGCUCCGGGAUCCAGCUGAGUAGCAUUUCGUCCUGCAGCGUGAAGGAAAUUGCAUCCCUGUUUGAGAAUGAGCCGAAGGACAAGAGGGAGCCCAACCCCAGUCGGGAGAACCUGGAGCAGAUCCCCAAGCACACGGUCUCCUCUCGCAUCACUGCCUUUGAGUUGCUGAUCCAGAGAUCCCUCUCCAUGCCUGCUCUCAACUUCUCCAGCUUCCAGGUCAAAUCUCCCGCUCCGAGCCUCUCUAACAGCUGCCUAGCUUCAGCUCGUUCGGCCGAAUACCUGUUGGAUUAUGCCAAGCCGGACCUGGGACCUGCCAACCUCGCCGAUACGUCCUCCUAUUCGUGCAGCAAUACGGAGGACGUGACCUCGGAAGUCAGUGACCUGGCGCCUGUGGAAACGCUCUCGGCUUGCACCGACGAGAUAGAUCUGUUCUCCAACGUAUCCAACGAUAGCGGCGGCGACAGCAUCACCAGUGGGCCCUCGAGAUACAAAGCUAACCAGUGCAAAGGAUCCUGCGCUGCUUCUUACACCAGGUUUACCACCAUUCGGAGGCACGAACAGCAACAGUCCGGCAGAGGGGAACCCCAAGAAGAUAAGCAGCUGCUUCCCAGAAACGUCUAUCUCAUGAGCCCUCUUCCCUUCAGACUGAGAAAACCCGUGCAGCACAGCUCCCGAAAGACUCCGCCUCUGCAGAUCCCGGGAGACCUGUUGGCGUCCAGUUGUGAGAUCCAGAAUAAUCUGGCUCGGUCGAGGGGGAGCCUGGUGGACAGGGUGGACAGCUCCCUCUUCCACGAGCUGUAUAUCCGACAGAAACCUCCGGCCCCCAAACGCCUCUCUUCCUAUGACGUCCUCAAAAGGUUUAGCCACUUCCUGGAUAUGGAAACAUGCCAAAAUAGCUCCCUAAUGGACAUCCCAGGUGCCUUUAAUAAUGGGGAUGUACCAUAUGCAUUAUACCACAACCUGGACACAAACAACAACCCUCACAGGACGUACUUUGGAGAUUCAGAAUCACCAAGGCAUUUUGCACCACUUGAUUACAUGGAGAGUCCUGAAGAAUUUUCCCGCAGGCGCCACAGUGAUAAAGAGAAACUUUUAGAGGACCAGAGACGGCUUAGACGUGAGCAAGAAGAGGCUGACAUUGCAGCUAGAAGGCACACAGGGGUCAUUCCUACGCACCAUCAAUUUAUCACUAAUGAGCGGUUUGGGGACCUCCUAAUUGUAGACGAUACCGCAAAAAGGAGAUCUGGGUCAGAGAUGAGAGCUGCCAGAGCGAAGUUUGACUUUAAAGCCCAGACACUCAAGGAGCUCCCACUGAAGAAAGGGGAUGUCGUUUACAUUUAUAAGCAAAUUGAUCAGAAUUGGUUUGAAGGCGAACACCAUGGCAGAGUUGGAAUUUUCCCACAAUCAUACAUAGAGCUACUCCCUCCCACAGAAAAAGCUCAGCCUAAGAAAACAUCACCGAUACAAGUCCUGGAAUACGGUGACGCUAUUGCCAAGUUCAAUUUCAAUGGUGACACUCAAGUGGAAAUGUCUUUCAGAAAGGGCGAGAGGAUCACACUGAUUCGGCAAGUGGACGAAAACUGGUAUGAAGGAAAAAUCCCCAGCACUCACCGCCAAGGCAUCUUCCCGGUCACAUACGUGGACAUUUUCAAGCAGCCGGUGCUGAAGAACACACUAGACUAUGGCAGCUUGUCGUUCUGCCACUCCCCAAACCGGAGUCUGACAACAUCCCCGCAGUCUGUCAACGCAAAACCAUUCUCUCCAUCUACUCUUCUGUCUCCCUCUGCAAUUUCUUCCUUUGCGGUUAGAACACAAGUACCUCCCAGACUCUCACGCACGGUCAACGUCCCACAGCUUUCUCAUCAUUCAUUGAGGCCAGGACCAGAUCUCACAGAAUCUGAAAAGAGCUAUGUGGAAACCGUUUGCAAUGAGAUCUUAAACAUUGCGGAAAAGUCCGUUCAUUACUGCAGCACAAUUUCUCAGCCUCUUGUCUCUUGCCACAAGGGGCCCCAUAGUGACAAUAAAUCAUCUUUCAUCAUUUCUCAGCAACCGCAAGUCCUGCCGCUGGGAACAAGUCUCGACAGGAACCACGCGCCACAAGAUAUGCUUAGCUACCAAGCAUUGUACAGCUAUGUCCCGCAGAAUGAAGAUGAGCUGGAGUUAAGAGAUGGAGAUAUCAUAGAUGUCAUGGAGAAGUGUGAUGACGGCUGGUUUGUUGGCACAUCCCGGAGAACACAACAGUUUGGUACUUUCCCAGGCAACUACGUGAAACUUGUAUCUUCAUAAAAGCCAUUGCUAGCCCGUUGGUGAUUUCACCAGGAGAGAGAGACAGACAGACAGACAAAGAGAAGGACCUGGGUUUGAAACUGUAAGGAAAAAAUGUUCAGAAAAGACUUAUUUCAUGAAUGUAGCUGACAAGCGAGGAGACGCGGAUGUGAAUGUGGUAAAAGUGUUGGACUUACUCGAAGCCCUUGCCUCCUUUAAAGGUUGACCAGAGCAAAGUACCGAGCCGCUUACAACGCUGCCUUUGUGUCUGCUUUUAUCCUUCAGGGGUGGCAAGAUAAGACUUCGCUUUCGUUCAGUAUUGAAUAUUGUUCUCCGCAGUGUGAAACUGGGGGAAAGCAAUGAGAUGGGAGUGUGAAAUAAUGUGAGCAGGGUGGGGAGGGGAAGAGGAACAUGAGAACAGUGAAUGCAUUUUGGUUGCAGAAUCUGUGACUGCAGUCCGGCUGGCAGGGGGUGAAGUUGAUGUCUCAUCCUGCUAAAAACCUCAUGCAGCUCUUGUUCCCUUCCUUUGGAAUGUGCACCUUAACACAUAUGAAGGGGAAAGGAAUUUACGGAGACCCAUUUUAUAUAGAAGGGCACAUUGCCAAGAUCGUCCUCCCAUUAUCUUUUAAUUCACUACACCAGAUUUAAGCAGGCUUUUCUGUGUUUCCUAUUCCCCCGUUUUAUUGAGGUUGCAAUCUUCUAUUUUGUUUUACUGGUCAGGCUGUCAGAAACCCACUUUUACUGCACUUAACUAAAACAGCAAGUAAGGCAGCGGUCUUGGCACUGUGCCUUGAGGCAGACGAAAAGAAUUGAGCCUGGAUCUUUGAUCGGUCAUUAAGAUUUGGCGUUACCGGCAGAUAAAAUGUUGCAUUCUAUUCUGCUUGACAUUAUCCAGCCACGUUCUAGGCAUUUUGACCCAGCUUUUCCACACAUAUCCUGAAAGUUCUGCCCACUGCAUGUUCUGGGCCAGAUCUACUCAGAAUGUCAUCUGCACAAGCUUCCUAAAGCUACAUUUCUGCCAGAGGCGCUUGUGCUGAAGCCAUUUCCAGUGGUUUGUGCCUUUGUGAGAAUUUAGUGCAUUCUUUUUGAGUGUGCUUUGGAGGAACACUGCGUUAA